AUGGAUCCCACAUAAUGGGAACUGUGUCCCUAAACUCCUGUGGAACAAGGAUGGAGGAUACUGGGGAAUACAUGGUCUUCAAAAAUGAGAUUGAUUCUGUUGGAGAGGCCGGUUCAGUCAUAACAAGGAGGAAUUUUGUCAGGAUCCCCUUCUCAUGCAGUUAUCCAAAACUGGCUCAUGUUUCCACCAGCUUUAAGAAUCACAAGUCAGAUUACGUCUUCACUGAGACUGGCUUUGGCAGCUUCAGCUACUCCUUUGAGUUCUACACUGACAGUACUUACAACAGCAUGAUCGACCCCAGUUCAUAUCCAGUGGAUGUUAAGCUGCUAGACAUGAUUUACAUAGGCAUCCAAGCCCACUCCACCCUCCCCGAGGUCCAACUCUUUGUGGAGUCCUGCAAGGCAACCCCAGAUGAUGACCCCAAUAACCCUCUGUAUUAUGACAUCAUCAAAAACGGGUGUUCCAUGGAUGAAACCCUUGUCACUUUUCCAAGCAAUUCCACCAAGUUCAACUUUGAACUUCAGGCUUUCAAGUUCACCGGGGAUUUUGAGCAGGUGUACAUAAGCUGCAGGGUGAUCUUGUGUGAGGCAGGCAGCCCCAGCUCCAGGUGUGCUGAGGGCUGUGUGCAGAAUGAGGCACGGCGACGCAAAAGGCAGCUGUUCAUGGAGACGCAUGGCCACUUCAUCACCCAGGGCCCACUGCGCCUGGAGAGGCGGAGUCUGCGCACUUCAGAUGAAGGCCUUUCCAAUUCCCAGAGCUCGAAUGUGAGCACCCCAGUCUUUGCUGCGCUAUUUGUCAUAUCCAUCCUGCUACUGUUUGGAGUGAUGGCUUACAACAUAAAGAAGAGCAGAUUAAUCAACCACAGCCAUCUUCUUUCUUCAUUUUAACAGGGAUGUGACAGAAUAAAUACAUGUCACUGCUGACUGUGUGCACUAUUAUAAGGGGACAGUUUUCAGGUAUUUCUGGUUUUACUGGUUUUAUUAUUUUGAGCUAGAGAUAGAAAAGCUAUAAUGAAGAAUAUCAGGAAAGAUAUUGUCUCCAUUAUACCUAAAUUCAAAUACUUUUCUGUCAACUGGGCCUGUUUAAAAUUAUUUUUACCUCUGAUUUCACUCCGUCUCUAGACAUUGACACAGAACAGGAAGUCAAUCGUGCUUCACCUGUGCUUUCAGUGUAACUCUUACCUGUACAACAAUAAAGC